AUUCCGCUGCUUUUAAAGUAUUCAAGUGUCUGUUUCGACCCCAUUUAACAAUUUAUCUGUCUGCUAGCUGUAGUAAUGAUUCAUGCCCACGUUACAAACCGUCCAGUUGACAGUUUUCUAGCCAAUGCAAGUGUUGUAUGAACAUAUGAUGCAAGCUGGUCAUUUGUAGCUAAACGCGGAAGUUGUCAAGAGAAACUGGGGACGAGAUGAACUGUCAUGAACUUCAUGAAAGACGGUCUUCUAAACACUCCAACAUGCAUUUCGCCGACGUUCCUUCCCUGCUCCCAUUUGACAUGGUCAACAAUUGAUUGUACGCAUCCCCGCAGGCAUCUUGUAAAAUUGUAACCCGACAGGAAGAUUUGUGGCUGGACUUGUAUCAUUUACUGUGUCAGCAAUGACUGACCCUUGGCAGGAGUGCAUGGACCACUGUGUGGAGAUAGCCAAACAGGCUGGCAAGGUGAUCCGCGAGGCCCUCCAGGGCGACAUCGCCGUCAUGCACAAGAGCUCGCAAGUGGACCUCGUAACCGAGACGGACCAGAGAGUGGAACGCCUCAUCAUAUCUUCCAUCAAGGCAAAGUUUCCCACACACAGCUUCAUCGCCGAGGAGUCAGUGGCGGCGGGCGCCCCCAGCAUUCUCACCGAUGACCCCACUUGGAUCAUCGACCCGAUCGACGGCACCACCAACUUUGUGCACGGGUUCCCUUUUGUGUCUGUGUCAAUCGGCUUCACAGUCAAGAAAGAGAUCGAGUUCGGCGUGGUGUACAGUUGCAUCGAGGACAAAAUGUACACGGCACACAAGGGCAAAGGGGCCUUUUGCAAUGGCCUUCCCAUCAAGGUAUCUGGACAGGAAGAUCUCAGCUGCUGCCUGGUGCUGACCGAGGUGGCCUUCAAAAAGGAUCAGCAGCAUUUGGACAGCAUGAUGGCCAACCUCAGGAGCGUCCUCACUAUCCCUGUUCACGGCAUCCGCUCACCGGGCAGCGCCGCCAUCAACAUGUGUCUUGUGGCCAGUGGCGCGGCUGACGCUUACUACCACCUGGGCAUCCACUGCUGGGACAUGGCCGGGGGCACCGCCGUGCUCACCGAGGCCGGCGGCGUCAUCGUGGACAUUUCAGGUGGGCCCUUUGAUCUGAUGUCCCGCCGGCUGAUCGCGGCCAGCAGCGCAGCGGUGGCCGAGCGCCUUGCCAGCCACAUCGUAGAUUUCCACGUUGGUAGGGACGACGCACAUGGCUCAGAAAAAAACUAAAGAAAAAAAAAAAUAAGAGAGCGAGCUUAGUGGCACCUAAACAAGCUGAGAGUUUGUCUUGAGAGGUGAAACGCGGCGUUUACACCUGACGAGUAGUAAUAUUUGCAUCGGAAUUUUGAAUCAGAACUUUAAAUUUAAAUGCAAAUUUAAGUCAAGAAUAUGUUGAACAGAUUUUCGGAUUUGCAACAUGUGUUGCAAUGUUUUAUCUUUGGUUUAAAAUUCUCACUUCUGCACUCGGACAAACUUUUUUUUUUCUUCUACCUCUGCCCUGUGUGUAUGUGAGGCCACUUUGGGUGCUGAGCUUUCACUGCUGAUUGGUUGUUAGCCCUGCCCUGCGCUGUGUGUAACCACUCCAAUGAGAUGGUGCUGCAGAGAGAAUCAUGACAGCAGGCACGUGGCUGCAUUGAAAUAAAAAUAUAU